AUCACUAAGUUGAACCAGACUAUUUAACAGUAAACGCCCCCUCACUGCUCUUUCUAUAGCUUUUCAUUUCUUUUUGCUAUCUUGCAUUAUGGCGUUCAGGUAUUCGAGUUUGUGGAAAUCUAUGGCUACUCGUCUUAGCGGAAAUCCUACAUUUGCAAAAUCUAAUUUUACCAAACUCAGGUCAUAUGCCACUGCUGCUGAGCAUCCAGACGCUAAGCCAAGGGGAUUGAAAGGAGAGUUCUUUCCCGUGUAUGUGGCACUGGGACUAAUAGCAAUGUCAGUGGGUUUUGGGGUACACACAGCCACGCAUCAGCUGAAGCGUUCGCCCAAUGUGUCUGUGAAGAAAUCAAGAAGGGAAACUGUACCAGAGGUGGCUGAACCGGACAAUGUGUUGAAUGAUUCCGACAGUUUUAUUAAAAAAUCUUUUUUCAGAAAAGUGGCUCAUGUUCAGGAUUUUGAUAAUCAAUCUGUCAUGCCAGAUCCUAUGCGCGGGGAUGUUCUAGCUAGGGAGACUCACUCUGAGACGUUGAGAUCUGUGGGAGUGAAUCCGAAUCCAAAAUUGCACUGAGCUAUUUAUGCAUUUGUGGAUUCAAGUAGAUGGUGUUAUAUCCGCCAGCUUUUGAUCCGAGAUUUUCAUAUGGAGAUUCGAAGAUGGUGGCGAUGUUUUUUUCUGACGUUUUGAUGAGAGAGUUGCAUAAAUAAAACUUUUGCAGAAAACAAAUAUAUUCUACCUUUCAGGAAUAUUGUACAUAUCUGCUUUAAAUAAAAAUAAAAAUGGAUCUUUCUUUUUAAAGCAUACCAUGAA